UCGAGGAGUUCCGUGGAGAAAAUCUCAGAGGAAGAGUCUAUCAGUUCGCAGGAAGGACGAUGGAGGAGGUGUCGUCGAAGCAAAUUUGACCAUCGCCUUCCUCCCUCACGCGCUGAAAUUCAUCCCUCUCUCCACCUUCUCCUUCCCAAAACCCUCCUUUCGCCUCCUUAAAUCAUCAUUCCGUCCUCUUCUAUAUAUCUUUCUAAGCAAUUUCUUCGUCGAACCAAUUUUCUUCAAUAUUUUCAUCUAGCCGAGUAGCAAAAGACCAAGUUUCGGUUGAAGAAUUCUCUCCUCCGAUAAUUCUAUCUGUCUAAAUAUUGUCACCGUUUUUAAUUCCCCAACAGCUCCUGAAUAUAUCCGGGAUUCAAUUGGGGUAAAGGAACGCCAGCAAUUAUAUCAUAAAACCAUAAUUUGCUUAUCGAGGUCGGAUUUGAAUGCAUUUGGAUCUCUAUUGGCACAUAUCCGACCUUGCUCACCUUCUCAGGCUUGAUAUCUCCUGAGAUCCAUGGGUAAUUGUUGCAUUACUCCAUUUCGCACUCAGGAGAAGAAAAAGAAGGGGAAUAAAAACAAACAGAACCCGUUUGCGAUUGAUUUCGGUAAAAAUUAUGGAAAUGGUGGAAGCAAAAUUAACGUUUUGAAGGACCCAACAGGCCGCGAAAUUGAACUCAAAUACGAGCUUGGUCGCGAGCUUGGAAGAGGGGAAUUCGGAGUCACCUACCUAUGCACCGAUAAAGAGAGCGGUGAGAAUUUCGCUUGUAAAUCGAUAUCGAAGAAAAAGCUGAGAACAGCCAUUGAUAUCGAGGAUGUUAGGAGAGAGGUUGAGAUCAUGAAGCAUUUGCCACCGCACCCAAAUAUUGUGAGCUUAAAGGACACUUACGAGGACGACAAUGCUGUCCAUCUUGUGAUGGAACUGUGCGAGGGAGGAGAAUUGUUCGACCGGAUAGUUGCGCGUGGACACUACACAGAAAGGGCUGCCGCAGUUGUCAUACGGACAAUCGUUGAAGUCGUUCAGGUGUGUCACAAACAUGGCGUGAUGCACAGGGAUCUCAAGCCUGAGAACUUUUUGUUUGCAAACAAGAAGGAAACAUCGCCUCUGAAGGUUAUUGAUUUUGGAUUGUCAGUGUUCUUCAAACCUGGUGAAAGAUUUAACGAGAUAGUUGGAAGCCCCUAUUACAUGGCACCCGAGGUAUUAAAACGAAAUUAUGGUCCAGAAGUAGAUAUCUGGAGUGCUGGAGUAAUUCUGUACAUCCUACUUUGUGGUGUCCCACCAUUUUGGGCAGAAACUGAACAGGGAGUUGCACAGGCAAUCAUACGAUCUGUCAUUGAUUUUAAAAGGGACCCCUGGCCUAAGGUUUCUGAUAAUGCAAAAGAUCUCGUGAAGAGGAUGCUUAAUCCCAACCCACAGCAGCGUCUUACUGCUCAGGAAGUGUUAGAUCAUCCAUGGUUACAGAAUGCCCAAAAAGCUCCUAAUGUUUCACUGGGAGAAACUGUAAGGGCAAGGCUCAAGCAAUUCUCUGCCAUGAACAAGCUUAAGAAAAGAGCUCUAAGGGUGAUAGCAGAGUACUUGUCAGUAGAAGAAGUUUCCGGAUUAAAAGAGAGAUUCCAGCUGAUGGAUACGAGUAACAGAGGAAAGAUUAACAGUGAUGAGUUACGAGCAGGGUUGCAUAAAUUAGGGCAUCCUAUUCCUGAUGAAGACCUCCGCAUUCUGAUGGAAGCUGGUGACGUAGAUAAGGAUGGGCACUUGGAUUAUGGAGAAUUUGUUGCCAUCUCAGUUCAUCUGAAGAGGAUGGGCAAUGAUGAGCACCUUCACAAAGCUUUCCAAUUUUUUGACAAGAACAACAGUGGGUAUAUAGAAAUGGAGGAGCUACGUCAGGCCUUAGCCGAUGAAGUUGAUACAAACAAUGAAGUCAUCAAUGCAAUUAUGCAUGACGUGGACACAGAUAAGGAUGGAAAAAUAAGCUAUGAGGAAUUCGAUGCAAUGAUGAAGGCCGGCACAGAUUGGAGAAAAGCAUCAAGGCAGUAUUCACGAGAGAGAUUUAGUAGUCUGAGUCUGAAGUUGAUGAGGGAUGGGUCGUUGAGAUGAAUUUCUAGCCUCCCAUUUCUGUCCUUUCAUUUCAGUUCUUUUCUCCUUUGAAUUCUCUCAUAUCCUUACAAGAAAACCCUGUUAUUUGAGGUGAAGUGGGAUAUUGGUAAGAGCAUGCGAUGUCUGUGAAUUGGACUGUGUUUCUUCUGUUUGUUGAUGGAGGUGCUGGAGAAACGACCGGUUUUGUGGGAGGAUUAAUGGCCGAGUCAUAAUUGGAAGGAAGAGCCAUCUGGCAUUUUUAGUGAAACCUUGAUGAUGUUUUAGAGGCAGAAGAUAGACGCACUUCCUCAUUUACCUGCAAUGACGACGGCAUCAUCUUACUUGAGAAUAAUCAAUUUUCAGUGUUCUUGCUGACGUUUUGACUGUGGCGUGGGGAGGAUGACCCAAAGGAGAAUUAGAACAAACGUGUGACGGAACAGAAAUGUAUUAGCAAAAACAUGGCUAAAAUUUGGUAUAUAUGGUUUGUUCUGUAUUUAUUUCGAGCACAUAGAAGCCACCUUGUGUUCAGUUGUACAACAUAUUCAAUAAUUUUCAUAAAUGAAAUUAUUUAGUUAAAUAAAA